GAGUCUGUUAUUUAAUAGUCGUGGUUGUGUUUUCCAUAGCAGCGAGUAUAAACACAUCAAGCCACAGAAUUGAAUCAUCAUAGGAGGCAGAAAUAACCCAAGCUCUGAGUUGACGGAGAAAGCAGAUACAGCAGAGAGAAAAAAAGACACAAAAUGGCUCCAUCAGCCCUCUCAGAUCUCCAGUCCGGAAACCUACCCACAACCCAAAACGCUCUCUCUUCCUAUCGAGGGUACGACCAUGUACACUGGUACGUCGGAAAUGCCAAACAAGCAGCGACCUUUUACAUAACCCGUAUGGGGUUUGAGCGUGUUGCUUACCGCGGUCUCGAAACGGGUUCUCGCAGUGUUUGUUCUCAUGUCGUGCGAAACGGCAGUAUAACUUUUGUGCUCACGUCGCCUUUGCGGUCACCUUAUAAUACUGAGAAACUUAAUAGAUUGUUUCCCGGCGAAAAAGAGCGAGAGCAUGUGAAGGAGAUUCAUGAGCAUUUGGCGAAACAUGGUGAUGCAGUCAAGGACGUCGCGUUUGAGGUAGAUUCGGUCGAUGAUGUUUACAAUGCCGCUGUGCAGAACGGCGCGGUUGCAGUUUCGCAACCCCGAACUUUAGAAGAUGAGAAUGGCCAAGUGAAGGUUGCCACUAUCAGGACAUAUGGGGACACAACGCACACUUUGAUUCAACGGAGGGGCGUCGCAUCGCCAUAUACCGGUGUCUUCUUGCCUGGAUAUAGGGAUGAGACUGGUUCCGGCAGCAGUGAUCCCAUUGCAGCUUUGCUGCCAAAGGUUGAUUUGAAGAGGAUUGAUCAUUGUGUUGGAAAUCAAGACUGGGAUGAGAUGGAAAAAGUUUGCGCAUACUACGAAAAAGUACUUGGAUUCCAUCGUUUCUGGUCAGUAGACGACAAAGAUAUCUGCACAGACUACUCCGCCCUCAAAUCAAUCGUAAUGUCCUCCCCCAACGACAUCGUCAAAAUGCCCAUCAACGAACCCGCACACGGCAAAAAACAAUCCCAAAUCGAGGAAUAUGUCGAUUUCUACGAUGGAGCCGGUGUGCAACACAUUGCACUACUAACGGACGACAUUAUCAGUGCAAUCACAAACCUGAAAGCGCGAGGGGUGGAAUUUAUCAAAGUGCCAUCGACGUAUUAUGAUAAUAUGUGGGUGCGGCUUAAGAAGGCGGGAAUGAUGCCCAAGGAGGCUUGGGAGGAUAUCAAGAAACUGGAUAUUUUGAUUGACUUUGAUGAGGGUGGUUACUUAUUGCAGCUCUUUACAAAGCAUCUCAUGGAUCGACCAACUGUCUUUAUUGAGAUUAUUCAGCGCAAUAACUUUUCGGGGUUUGGUGCUGGUAAUUUCAAGUCGCUGUUCGAAGCUAUUGAGCGUGAACAGGCGUUGAGAGGAAAUUUGGUCUAAUCUUUUUGCUUGUUAGCAUUCUCUUCUGAUGUUCAUGUCUACAAAGAUAUGUACCUACGGAGCAUAUGGAAUACUUUCAAACUGAACAUAAUGACUGAUUUUAAAUGCCUCGUGGAUUUAGCGUGGGCCAAACGUUGCAUGCAUCAGAAAUUAGGGCUACUUAGUCUGAUUCGGGGAUAGCUUCAGUUCCAAGGCUGACUUCCGCCUGUGCGUUACUGGGCAUUAAUGCUUGAUUGAGCAUACAAAUUGGCAGUUUGGCAGUCUU